UAAAACAAAAGAGAACAAACCCUAGUUUGGAGUAUUAUAUAUACGAGGAUUCCAGAAUAUCAACUUUUGGGUUCAGAAAAUCAGAGGAAAGGCUGAGAAGCUCAGAUAUGGACGAAGGAAUGUCAGGUUUUUGUAUUAAAGCAGGAGGAAGAUGUAGUGGUGGUGGUGGUGGAGGAGGAGGCGGAGGAACAAAGUGUGGACGUUGGAAUCCGACUGCAGAGCAGGUGAAAGUACUGUCUGAUCUGUUCAGAUCAGGACUCCGGACUCCAACAACUGACCAGAUCCAAAAGAUUUCAUCUCAGCUGAGCUUUUAUGGUAAAAUCGAGAGUAAGAACGUCUUCUACUGGUUCCAGAACCAUAAAGCCAGAGAGAGGCAGAAACGAAGAAGAGUUUCCGUUGAAAUAAGCGAUAUAUUCGAUGGUGCAGAUAAGGUUUUCACUGAAAAACAUGGUGGAGAGAUAGAAGAGAUUUCAGAACCUGAAAGAGUGUUUGAGACGCUGCAACUGUUUCCAUUGAAGAACUCAUAUGAAGAGUUAUCAGAAUCACAGAAACUAAGAUUGCUGAGAAGCGAACGCAACGAGAUUACGACAUUUUCAUGUGCAAUGGAGAGAGAUCAGAUUGAUCAUCCGCAUCUUGAUCUUCGUCUGAGCUUUGUGUAAUCACAAUUUCAUAUAUUCAUAGAACUCUCUAGCUACUUUGAAUCAAUUGAGAUACAACUAGCUACUAAGUAGUACAUAAAUUUCACCAAACAAAUGGAGAAAUCUUACAUUACUUUACUUUUA